CCGCCUCCCGCCCCACCAAUGCCCCUUUCAAAAUGGCUGGGAUCCCUUUGUAUUUUGUGGAUUUGCAGGAUGACUUAGAUGAUUUUGGGUUUGAAGACUAUGGACCAGAUUGUGAUAGCAUGAGGAUAACUGCAUUCUUGGACAUUCCAGGGCAGGAUAACUUGGCUCCACUUGCACGUCUGGAAAAAUAUGCCUUUAGUGAUAAUAUAUUUAACAGGCAAAUCAUUGCCCGGGGUCUACUUGAUGUUUUCCGAGAUUUCAGUCAUAAUGAAGAAGAUUACUUGACAGUAAUGGCAAUAGUGGUACGGCUAUCUGAAGACACAGAGCCAACUGUUCGAACAGAAUUAAUGGAACAGAUACCACCUAUUGCCAUUUUUCUACAAGAGAGUAGGCCAAACUUCCCUACAGCCUUUUCUGAAUACCUUAUGCCCAUUGUGGUGAGAUACCUCACAGAUCCAAAUAACCAGGUUAGAAAAGCAAGCCAGGAUUCUUUACUGAUUCUGCUGGAACAAGGACUUGUUGCUCAAAAUGACAUUGAAAAAAAAGUGUGCCCAAUCCUGUUGGAUCUCUCUGCUCCAGAAAGCGAUGAUGAAUACAAGGUGGAAGCUGUAAAUAUAAUCUGCAAAAUGGCUUCUAUGGUGGACAAAUCUACUGUUGAACAUUUGCUUCUUCCACGAUUCUGUGAGCUCUGCAGUGAUGGGAAACUCUUUCAAGUGCGAAAGGUCUGUGCAGCAAACUUCGGUGAUAUCUGCAGUGCUGUCGGGCAAGAAGCCACAGAAAAGAAUCUGAUUCCAAAGUUUUUUGAGCUCUGCUCUGAUACUGUUUGGGGUAUGCGGAAAGCUUGUGCUGAAUGCUUUAUGGCUGUCUCCUACACCAUUUCAGCGGAAGUUCGGAGGAGCAAGCUGUCUCCCCUCUUUAUCAGUCUCAUCAGUGAUCCUUGCAGAUGGGUUCGACAAGCUGCUUUCCAAUCUCUUGGACCAUUUAUUUCUACUUUUGCAAACCCUUCCAGUGCUGGUCUUUACAUUCGGGAGGAUGGGACACUCAGUAUUCGGUCUUCCAGUCCAUGUCCAGCAAGCAACAGUGCAAACAUCCUGUCAUCAAGUUCGGAGGAGCCGGUGGAGAAUAAAUUGGAAUCAGUGAAAGAAGCAUCCUCUGUUAGCUUUACAACUUGUUCUGAAACUUCAAAUUCAGAUGCACAAGAAAAAAGCCCAGUCAGACCUCUAAAUUUUGGAGUUGAUCAGACUGUAUUGACUCAGAGUAACAAUGCUGAUCUUUAUGCGGAUUAUCAGGGAAUGAACUUAAGGGUCCAGUCGGCAGAGGACAUGUUUAAUACUUUCCUAUAUUGGCGUCCUCCUCUUCCUGACAUAAGCCAGGAUUUGGAGCUGCUUCAGUGCAAACCUGAAAUACACGAGGAGAACUGUUCCACAUCAGAGCUUCUUUGCAAUAACUGUGUUGCCAGCAGUGAAAUUAAAAAAGUUCUGCAAAGUUUGCAGGAACAUAUGGAUGACCCAGAUGUUCAAGCUCAGGUUCAAGUCUUAUCUGCUGCACUCAGAGCUGCACAUCUUGAUUCUGUAAAUGAUUAUGAGAUCAAGCAGAAUGAAGAAGUUAAUGGCACCCACCAGGAAGAUACAGCCAGUUUACACUCAGAGCCAAGUACAGUGAAUGAGAGCACACUGUCUUCAUUGCCAAGCCUGGAUGAAGUGGUGGCCCCAUCCUGUCCAACUAUAAUACAAAAUGUGCUUUCAGAAGAGCAAAGCAGUGCAGCCACCAAAAUCUUAGAGGCAGAAGAGAAUGAACCACCUCUUGAAGAAGAUAAAUCAAAAUUACAGGAUAUCAUACCUCAGCCUUUAUUGGACCAGUACUUAUCUAUGACAGACCCUGCUCGAGCACAAACUGUUGAUACUGAAAUUGCAAAGCAUUGUGCAUACAGUCUUCCUGGUGUGGCCUUAACCCUGGGCAGGCAGAACUGGCACUGUUUGAAAGACACCUAUGAGACCUUGGCAUCUGAUGUGCAGUGGAAGGUACGUCGGACGCUUGCUUUCUCUAUACAUGAGCUGGCUGUUAUUUUGGGAGAUCAGCUAACAGCAGCGGAUCUCGUGCCCAUUUUCAAUGGCUUCUUAAAAGAUCUGGAUGAAGUGCGCAUUGGCAUCCUUAAACAUCUUUAUGACUUCCUUAAGUUGCUUCAUGCUGACAAAAGACGUGAGUACCUUUACCAGCUUCAAGAGUUUGUGGUUACAGAUAACAGCAGGAAUUGGCGAUUUCGUUAUGAACUUGCAGAGCAACUGAUUUUGAUACUUGAGCUGUAUAAUCCCAAUGAUGUGUAUGACUACUUAAGACAUAUUGCACUCACUCUCUGUUCAGAUAAAGUUUCUGAAGUCAGGUGGAUCUCCUUCAAGCUGGUGGUAGCAAUUUUGCAGAAAUUUUAUGCAAACAAUGCAAACUCUCUGGGAUUAAAUUUCAUUAAUGAGCUGAUUGUGAAGUUCCGCCAUUGUUCCAAGUGGGUUGGAAGACAAGCAUUUGCCUUUAUCUGCCAGGCAGUUGUGGAAGAAGAGUGCAUGCCUGUUGACCAUUUUGUGGAACACCUGUUACCCAGCCUUCUAAACUUGGCCUCUGAUCCUGUGCCAAACGUAAGGGUUCUGCUUGCCAAAGCUCUGAGACAAACAUUAUUGGAGAAAGCAUAUUUUAGAAGUGUGGGCAGCCCUCAUCUUGAAGCUGUUGAAGAGACUGUACUUGUUCUACAGGCAGACAGAGACCAAGAUGUUUCCUUUUUUGCCACAAGCAAACCAAAAUACAGUGACAUGCACAUUACAUCGCUUGAAAAGCAAAAUUAAGUUAAGCUCUCUGGACCACAAAAGAUCACUCAUCUAACAGGCUGCUGCUUUGGCUAUUAACCUAGUGGAAGACUGUGUCAAGCAGCUGAUGCAACCCAGAAGGAAAGGGCUUGUUCUUAUUUCUGGCGUUUGAAUGAGAACGUCGACCUUUUAUCUGCAAACUGGCAAUACUGAUACGGAAUCUCACCAGUCCAAUCUUUCUUGAUUUACUUUCGUGAACAUGGAUAAUAACCAUCAUCUCUACAAGAAGCCCAGAAUUGUGUAUGUGUAUGCUUGUGUUGACCUCACACAUUUUCAGCUCCAUCAUUGUUCCAGCUAAGAGAAUUACGCCUUUCCAAAUAUGCUGACUCAAAGACAAGGGGAGGCAUUCGGCUGCGUGACUACAAUUUGCUACAAUUCAGUUUGGUACACUUGAGCUUAUAAUAGACUCGGUGAACAUAAACAUGUGGGCACUCUUACCUGUUUUGCUGUAAUUUGUUCCAUGGAUGAUGGCAUCACAUUUUAUAUGAUUAAAAAACUCAAAAGUAUGCAAAAUGUUCUCAUGAGAGUUGGCAAAGAAUUCAGAAAGCUUGAAACAAUAUCUGUUAGAAGUUGUGCUUUUUAAAAAAGAAAAUGCCGCAUCAUUGUCUUUUGGGAGUAAAGGCAGAAUUUGAGCUUUUUUCCUCUAAGGUAGAUGGUGAUAUUUUAAAACAACCGAGGGCUUUAUUUUGUGAAUUGUAGCUCUGUUUGUAUGCUUGUAUGCUCAAGAAACUUCAUAGUUAGUUUUUCUUUUCUGCUAUUAACUUCAUUUUCCUUCUGCCAGAGCUGUGGUCUAUAUUCAUGUAAAUUGCAGUCUUCAAACAACUAACUCUGAAGUUCUUACAUUUGCCAGGCCUUCCCCUUAGUAAGGACUUAUGGAUAUGGACUAAUAGCUUUCAACACUAGAGUAUGUUUGAAAUUUGUUUUAAACUCUGCUGUGCUCUCAGAAGUACAGUAGAUGUAAAGUUAGGGAUGCAAACUCCCUGAAAGGAUACAGAACCAAUCACUUGUAUAUGAGUAAAAGUUCAGACCUCUGGGAAUCUGUUCUUUGUCUAAGGAGGUUUUACUUUUGUGAAGAUCAGCGAUGGAAAGUUCAGCCUCUUAAAUGGUUUUUCGUGCUGCUGCAGUGCACACACGUGGGCUUUUAAUCCAUGCCUCAACUGCAUCCUUCUGCCUCCAAAGAUGGAAGACUCUCUAGACCCUGAUCCUAACCUAUUAGUGUACGGAGCUACUGCCAGAAAGCAAGCCCAUUAAAUCUCCUUGUCAGUUUGUGGAACUGUUUUGCGCGUGUUCACAGACCAUUCUGGCCCACUCAGAUCUGGUUUAUUGUCGCAAACUAUGAUUAGAGUAACAAAGUAGCUCUUUUUUGUUUUGGAUAAGAUGGGAACAUGGAAUAUACAUGGAGGAGGGCCAAUAUAAUCUUACCAUUAUGCUGUUACAGUCUACUUGAUAUGCAAGAGCUUUGGAAAAAUAAAACUUCACUCAGGGCAGAUACUUUAUGUUCCAGUUCAACAGUCAUAUCUGUGCACACCCAUAAAAACUUGAGCUGUAAAAACACAACUACUUUAGGGAUUCUCAAGUCCAGAAACCCAGAUUGCAUCAUCUGUACAGAGAAAAAUGAUGUCUAUUCCAUGAGUUCACCAGGGCUCAUUCAAAGGAGUGAAGACUGCUGGAGUUAAAUAUUAUGACCUGGGCAUAUAUGCAAGUGUUCUAUAGAAGGCUUUUAACAGUUAUGAAACAAUAUCCUAUUCAAAUUUUCUUUCAUUGAGCAGUGGUUAAGUGUUUAAAUGUGAAAAACCUCUUAAGAAACAUUUCAAGUUUAGCUGAACAUAACUGGAUUUUUUUAAAGAAGUUAAAGGAGUAACCAAAACUCAUUUAAUGGCAAGCAGCUCCAUUCCAUUUAAUAUAAAUAAGUCACAACUAUGUUGUCUUAAACACCUUUGUUCCAUUAAGUAGUUGUAUGGUCUGGAUUGUCAGCUUACUUCCUGGUAUUAUCUUUUAUUGGUUUUAAAACUGGUUUAAUUUGCCACAAUUGCCUGUCAGGUUCUGGACAUAACGCUAUGAAAAAUUAUGUUCCAGACUGCAAUACAGUGUUCAGUGUUUUGUAGUACUGGUUUUGCAAGAUCCUAAAAUACUUUUAGCAACAAUCUAGAAAUGUCUUCUUAUUUCAGGAUGAAAUGUCUGAACUCUGAAUUCUGCAAGGUGGUUCUACACUUAAAUGUUUGUAAUAAGUUUAAAAACAAAAUGCCUCAUCAAUGCAAAUGAUUUUUUAUGACUGCAGUUUCUCAGCAAAAAAUGUCAACUUUUGGUAGUUUUAAUAUCUUUUUCUAAUGCUAGCAUUAAGUAUUUUUUAACACUUCAGAUUUUCUAAAAUUGUUCUAACCAGUUUUUAUUUGUGUUGACCAUACCUGGUCAUUAAUAUUUUUCAGCACUGAUCAUCAUUUUUCUUUUUUUUUUAAAUGUACAUAGAAUGAGAAGAACUGUAAAUAGUCUGCUGUUUGGACAUAAAAGUAAUCCAGUUUUGACUGCCAUGUUAGUUUUAGAUUGAUAGAUACCCUUCGUACACUAGCCUACUAAAUAUCAUAAACUUCCAUGUGUCUUUAGAAAGCUUUUCCUGAAGGUAUUGGUUAGUUAGCAUCAGUUAUGCAUGAGUAAGUUGUUGAACUUAAUUUUCCUGAAGAGACAAAUCAAAUUUUUAUAAAAAUGUAGCACCUUUUUCUAAAUUCAAGAUUUUUUCAUUUUAAAUUUGUGCUUUUGUGAAAAGUUACGUUUUAAUGUUGAAAAACCUGUAGGUGCAUGCACUAGAGGAGAGAAUUCUGGGCAGUUCUGCUCACUCCCUCCUGCCUUCCCAUUUCCCCUCCGUUCAUUUUUUUGUGUUGAUUUAAUUGUUGGCAAUGGCUCUCGCAAUGUAAUCCUAUGCAGGCUUAGAUAAUGGCUUAGAAGUCCCGCCUUGCCCCGGUCAAUUUUAAUGGCUGUGCCAUUCUGGGAGAGGUGGGCCUUUUUUCCAGCCUAAACUUGUGUAGGAUUGCACCUUAAGUUGCAAAAAACUGCACUGAUACAACCAUUAUUCAUUACAUGUAACUUGUUCGCAACUUCCGCACAAGCACCACUGAAGUACCUGAAACAGCAGCUGUUUUGGAAUUGUUCCCCAGUAGAAUUUAUGCAUGACUAGACGAUAGCACCUUAUAGAUCACUCUUUAGGGGCGGGGCGGUAAGCAAUGGAGAGGAAAGUAGCAUAUUCAGUUAAACUGUUUAAACAAAGCCAAACAUCUUUUAAAACCUCACGGUGAGCUCAUUCCACUCACAAACGUUGCAAGGAUUUUCACUUUAAAACAUUUUUGGCUGAGGUGCAUUAAAAACAAGUGGUUCAAGGUAGGGCACUUGUAAUACAAAGAAUGCGUGUCAUUUUUUGCCUCGAAAUUCAACCUGCUGUUGUCUGCUGCAUGUGGUUAUCAAUUUGGCGCCUCUUGGAAUCCUGCCCAAGUGGCAGUUGUAUGUCUGUAAAGGAUGGUGUUUAGGACCCAAUAAUUGGAGACACUCUGGAAGUGCCACUGAUUUCAUCAGAACAUAGAAUCUAUGUAACUUUCUAUUCAUAUUUAUCUCAAUAAAUCCCAUGACUGCUUUAUCAGA